UUCCUGUGUGAUCAUUAUGUCAGUCCAUACAACGGAAUAUUCGUCCCUGCGGUGGAAUAUCUAACAUGGUUUAUGUCGUUUUUUUAUGAUCUUAGUCUCAUUGAUGGGACACUUUGUUCAGGGAAAUGAGAAGCCGGAGGAAUAAACUGCUUUCGGGAUGGCUCGCGCCCUUGCUUUUCUAUUUCGUCUCGUGGAAUACAAUAGCGGCACAGAUUCGGUACAACAUACCCGAGGAGCUGAAAGAGGGUUCAGUCGUUGGAAAUCUAGCAAAAGAUCUGGGUUUGGAUCUUUCUGAGAUCUAUGAGCGUAAUUUGCGGAUAGCAUCAUCUCAAGCUGGGAAGCAGUACUUCACUGUGGAUUUAGGUAAAGGUGAGCUCGUAAUAAAUGAGAGAAUUGACCGAGAGACGCUUUGCGGACAAAACAGCGCUUGUCUGAUGCCCGUACAAGUAGUGAUUGAAAACCCCUUACAGUUGCAUCGUGUGGAAAUUGAACUGCAAGAUAUAAAUGACAAUGCGCCUAGUUUUCACACAAAAGAAAGCAUACUGAGUAUAGCAGAAUCCAGCACGUCGGGGGCUCGUUUUCCUCUGGAAAGUGCAGAAGAUCCCGAUGUUGGGAGCAACGGUUUGCAGUCAUAUGAGAUUAAUAAGAAUAACUAUUUUAAACUGAACGUGAAAACUCUUCAAAACGGAAACAGGGUGCCAGAGUUAAUAUUAGACAAAGCUUUAGACAGAGAGAAGCAGUCUGUUCAUCAAAUUGUGUUGACGGCAUUAGAUGGAGGGAAUCCGGUCAGAUCAGGCACUACAAUAAUUCGUGUUAAUGUUAAAGACAUUAAUGACAACGAACCCCAAUUUGAACAAGCAACUUACAAAACUCAGGUUCAUGAAAAUGCUAUCCGUGGCGUUAGUGUUCUAAAUGUUAAAGCCACCGACCUAGAUGAUGGCCAGAAUGGUGAGAUUGAAUAUGGCUUUGGAGCACACACAUCUGAUGCGGUGAAAAAAGCAUUUGCUGUUAACCGUGAAUCUGGAGAGAUUACAGUUGUAGGAACUCUUGAUUAUGAAACGAGUAAAUCGUACACAUUUGAUGUGCGCGCUAAAGACAAAGGCAAUCCGGAACUAGAAGGACACGCGUCUGUGCAGGUAGAUAUAUUAGACGAAAAUGAUAACGCACCAGCUGUUAUUCUAACGUCACUGCCUAGCCCUGUGAAAGAAAACGCACCUCUUGGGACAGUGAUAGCUUUGAUAAAUGUACAAGAUUCAGACUCAGGUAAAAAUGGCCAUGUAAAGGUACAAAUCCCUACUGGGUACCCAUUCGAGUUAAAACCUUCGUUCGAUAAUCACUAUUCUUUAGUAACAAAAUCCGUUUUAGACCGUGAAGUUAACCCCGAAUAUGAGAUUGAAAUAGUAGCUACUGACGAGGGCACACCUCCUCUUAAAAUUACAAAGACUGUCAAUGUUAAAGUACUAGAUGUUAAUGACAACUAUCCAAUAUUCUCUCAGACUUCAUAUGACGUGUAUAUCAAAGAAAACAAUGCGGCAGGUGCGUCUUUAUUUUCAGUUAGUGCCUCUGAUAAGGACCAGGAUAAGAAUGCGUUGCUCUCUUAUUCCAUCGUAGACUCCACAUUUCAAAAUAUCCCAGCGUCGUCAUACUUCUACAUCAAUUUAGACAACGGCACCAUAUACAGUAUGAGCUCAUUUGAUUACGAAAAAGUUCAACGUUUCCAGAUAACGGUUCAAGUGAAGGACCAGGGUUCUCCGUCUCUGAGCAGCAACGUCACGGUUCAUGUUUUUAUUCUGGACCAGAACGACAAUGCCCCUUCUGUUAUUUACCCCUCCGCUGUCAUGGGCUCUGUCUCCCACCAGAAGAUGCCCCGGUUCUCUAAAGCAGGCCACCUCGUCACCAAAGUAACGGCAGUGGACGCUGACUCUGGCCAUAACGCCUGGGUUUCCUAUAGACUGGCGGAGGCCACAGACGCCUCUCUGUUCAGCGUGAAUCUGUACACAGGGGAGGUGAGGACUAAACGCGCUGUUUCAGAGCAGGAUGACUCCUCUCAGAGGCUGCUUAUAGAGAUAAAGGACAACGGGGAACCGGUCCAGUCCGCCACAGUCACUGUCAACAUACUGGUAGAGGACGGGCUUCACGAGCCCAUCUCAGACUUCCACUUCAAAACUUCAGAGCCCAGCAAACGGAACAGUAAAAUCACUUUUUAUCUGAUCGUGUCUCUGGCCUCCGUGUCAGUGUUGUCUUUGUUGACUUUCCUCAUCUUAGUGGUGAAGUGCGCUAAAAACAGUCGGAGCAACUCGAGUUGCUGUAUCAGACGGGCUGACUCUGACGGAUACAAGAAUCCCAACAGAAACCUGCAGAUCCAGCUCAACAGUGACGGGCCUAUUAAGUAUGUGGAGGUCCUGGGGGGAGACAUGUUGUCUCAGAGCCAGUCCUUCAGGUCGUGUAUGUCUCCGAUGUCAGAGUUCAGUGAUUUCACCAUGGUUAAGCCCAGCAGCACCACUGACUUUAAGGACAUGAUAAACGUGCUUGACGCAUCACUUCCUGACAGCGCGUGGACGUUCGAGAGUCAACAGGCCUAG